UCCAGAGCUGAUUCUGGAAACAACUGGCCAGUGGAAGAAAACCUGUUAAACUCAGAGAGAACUUCAGAACCUGAGAGCUGGAGGUAUGAGAACCCACAAGGCCCGAACUGAGGCUUUAUCCUCAUCAUCCUCCCAGCAUUUGCCAUGCUUCAGUCUGCGCUCCAGGAAAAAUAAAGGAGGGGUAGUCCAGGGUAAGGUGCGCAUCCGCUCCAUGCCGGGGGCGUUUCUGGUGCUGGGGAUGAUAGUGGUGAUUGUUGGCACCACACUGGCAGUGGUGGGCUAUUGGCCAUACCGUGUGCAAAGAUCAUCAGUAGGUUCUGUGAGUAAAAGCCCCCCUCAGGGAUCAAGCUGGGGCCUUGGAGCCAAAGGACUGUUCUCAACAGCAAGUCUGAUUCACACAGACAGAAUGAAAUUGGUAGGCCCUGUUAUUAUGGGAGUGGGACUAUUUAUUCUCAUCUGCGCUAACACAGUCCUAUAUGAGAAUCGAGACAAAGAGACUCAAAUUCUGCUGUCUGAGAUGCAGAGCAUGAUGUGCACCAUGUCUAGUGUGCCGUCAACAGACCUCACCCAAGUAAACUCGCUGAUCAGGCACUACCACUGGGUCGGCAGCCUUCCUGCAGCCCACUUGAACAUCUUGUGCCUUAAAGAGCUGGCCUCCUCUGACCCGCUUCUGAAGGCCAAGACUACAAAGGAAGACAGAGUUUCACUUCAGAAAGAAGUGAUGCACACUGAGAUCCUUUGCCAUCAGGAGUCUUUAUUCAUCUCCUCGAUUCAUUUAUCAGACUCCUGGAACUCCAGCAAAGGAGACAUGAGCACUCACCUGGAUGUAGAAAAGGGAGAGGUCUGUGGCCACCAGGACCAACCAAAGAGUCACUGUAACCUCAGCAAAUACCUGACUUCAUCUUGUAUGUCUGCCCCAGAGGGGGAGGACUGGGUCUUAAACACAGUCCCUCCAAGGCGCUCUUACAGUAUGAGUUAUAGAACUAGCUCACAUACAAUGUCCAAGUCCUUAGUACAGUUGGAGGAAAGGGCAGUGCAAAACACACGAUGCCUUAAUCAGUUCCCACAAUCAUGCAUCUCUGAGAUAUGUGUGAAUCAGCCAAGCAUUAACACAAAACCUCUUGACUUGGACCUGGCACCUGUGGAGGGUCAGAAGCACCACAGCUGGCCAUGAACUUAUCUUGGAUAUGCCUUGAUGCAUCUCAAACUAUCCGGGCUUCUGGAACGGGUUUUCCCUUUAGAUCGAAUGAUUUCAGAUCAUUUGCUUGAGCUAAAAUCUGUGGAGUAUAAAGACAUGCUUUAUAUAUUAACAGGCCUGUUGGACAAAUGUAUUGGAAAGGAAAUGCAGCAUUGUGUCACCAAAGACAACAAAAAGCCCAAUUUCUCUGUUCAGCUAGAUAAUAACAACAAGGACUCACUUUCUUAAUGUAGCCAAACCUUUGCUUCUUUCCAGGAUGCCUUCCAGGGAAC